GUAUAAUGUGUACUGAAUACGUAUAAACACAUUUUAGGUAUAGACUACAAAGGAAAAUCAACCUCCAAAUUUGGAUGUAUAUAAUAACAACUCACACUGACCUAUUCUUCUCAAACAAAACCUCUUUUCUACCCUCACACUAAACCAAGAAACCCAAAUCUCUUUCCUUCUCUUUCAUCACAUUUAUAAUCUCUUCUAUUAAAAAAAAAAAAAAAAAUCAUAUUGAUGGAUCAUUCAUCUUCUUCAGAAUCACAUCCAGACGACUGCCGAAGGAUUUUUCAGGACUCGCCGGCGCAGGCGAUGGCGAGAACAGUGAAUAGUAAUAACCCUAAGAAGAAAAGAGUCAAGAAAGACAAUGAUGAAAAGGCUGUUUCAAAGCAUCCAAGUUUUAGAGGAGUGAGAAUGCGACAAUGGGGUAAGUGGGUCUCCGAGAUAAGAGAGCCAAGAAAGAAAUCAAGAAUCUGGCUCGGUACGUUCUCCACGGCGGAGAAGGCGGCUCGUGCUCACGACGUGGCCGCUUUAGCUAUAAAAGGCCGCUCUGCUCACCUCAACUUCCCGGAGCUAGCUUACCACUUCCCUAGACCGGCUAGCGCCAACCCUAAAGACAUCCAAGCGGCCGCCGCCGCUGCUGCUGCCGUCGCCGUUGAUAUAGAGGUAGAGAAGUCGCUGCCAUCUCCGGCCAUGACCGCAAUAACCGACGACGCGUUCUCUGAUCUACCUGAUCUCUUGCUCGACGUGAACCACAAACUCGACGGCUUUUGGGACUGCUUACCUUACGAAGAACCUUUCUUCACGGGAAGUUACUAGAAAACAAAGAUGCUGUCGUCUUGUACAUAUUGUAUUUUUCUCAUGUGAAAACUUUUUGACGUUAAAAAAAUUCACCGGUUGAUCCAAAUUGUAUAAUUAAUGAACGGUUUAUGCUUGACUU